AUGUCUACCGCUCCCGUGCUCUCAACGCCGGCCGAGAACCUAUUCGAGUACACGACGCCCCAGAAGACGACUUCUCGCAUAUCAGACGAGCAGCUGUACAUUCAAUAUGAGAUCCAGCGGACUGUGCGAGAGAUUCGCGGACAUGGGUGGAAGAGGAUCGCUUUGCAGUUUCCGGACGAGAUGUUGUGUGAUGCGCCGAGGGUGAGCGAGAGGUUGAGUGGAGAUUUGAGGAGGUCAAGACGCAGAAAUCGGGACAGUGGGAAGCAAGACACAGGCCAGAAGCUGGAGGAAGGAUCAGAGGUGGAUGCGGUUGUAGACGGAGUGACCAAGGUGGACUUAGCUGUGAAUGCCGGUUCAGAUGACAAGGAAGGGGACGGAGAGAAGGGCGAGGAGAAGAUCACCAUCCUAGCGGACACCUCCUACGGCGCCUGCUGCGUGGACGAGAUCGCAGCCGAGCAUGUCGAUGCGGAAGUCGUUGUACAUUACGGCCGGACAUGUCUUUCGCCCACGGCACGGCUACCGGUCAUUUACGUCUUCACCACUCCGUCGCUGGACUUAGAUGCGGCUGUCGAGAGUUUCAAGGCAACCUAUCCCAGCAAGACGGAAAAAGUAUGCCUCAUGGCGGACGUCCCGUACUCGCACCACGUACCUCCCCUGGCCGAAGCACUACGAACCGAAGGCUACAGCAACAUCUUCGCCACCGAAAUCAUCCACGACCCAGCAUCACUCCUCCCAAAUCGCACAAUCCCAUCGGACGUUCAAACCAACGGCCCAGAGGAACUACAACACCACUCCAUCUUCCACAUCUCCCACCCCCCAACCUCCCUCCUCCUCGUCCUCACCACGCGCGUCAAAGCCAUCCACAUCUACCCCACCUCCCUCACCCCACCCGAACGCACCGCCCUCGAACCCGCCACAACCCUCCCCCUCCUCCGCCGCCGCUACGCCCUCCUCACGCGCGUCCCCAGCACCCCGAUCCUCGGCAUAUUGAUCAACACCCUCUCCGUCCGCAACUACCUCUCCGCCCUCACGCACUGCAAGGACCUCGCUUCCGCCGCGGGGAAGAAAACGUACACGUUUGUGGUCGGGAAGCUGAACGCAGCGAAACUGGCGAAUUUCGCCGAGGUGGGCGUGUGGGUGGUUAUUGGCUGUUGGGAGAGCAGUUUAGUGGAGAGUAGGGACUUCUUCGCGCCGGUGGUGACGCCGUUUGAGUUGGAGGUAGCGUUGCGGGGUGAUGGGGAGAGGCGGUGGGGUGGGGAGUGGGUGGCGGAUUUUGGGGCGUUGCUUGGGCGUGCACAGGCUGAUGGUGGGGUUGAGGCGGCGGGUGUGGAUAGGGCUGGUGAUCAAGGGAAUGGUAUCGACGACACAACGAACACCCACGACGCCGAGCCGCCGACAGAAGCAGGAACGUCGGAAAACUGGGCCGACGCACCCUCCGACGAAGACGAACCCCCCGACUUCGACCUCCGCACCGGCCGCUACGUCUCCCACACCCGUCCCAUGCCUCGCCUUGCCGCCAGGCCGGACCCCACCCUCCCUUCACCCCCCUCCGCCUCAACGCCUCCCACCACCACCUCCGGCAACGCACCCCCCUCCUCCCAAUUAGUCCAACGCCCGAAAGCCGCACUCGCAUCCAUCAACGGCGCGGUAUCCCCCGCCGCGGAAUUCCUGCGCGAGAAAAGGACGUGGCAGGGUCUGGGCAGUGAUUACGAGGUACAGUAUGAGCGGGACGAGGAGGGGAGGAUACGGGGGGCGGUGAUGGAGGAGGGGAGGCGGGGAGUGGCGAGGGGGUAUGGUGUUGGUGGGAGGGGGGAGGGGAAUUGA